AUGAUUUUUCUUCAUGUUAAACCAAAUGUAUGUCAUGUGUCAACAGGUUUUCGCGAUCAAUCCGUCUUCGUCUUUGUCAUCGCUUUUUAUUUCACCAAUAUCUAUCUAUCUAUCUAUCUAUCUAUCUAUCUAUCUCUAUCUAUCUAUCUAUCUAUCAUUCAUUAUUUCAUAUCUAUCUAUCUAUCUAUCUAUCUAUCUAUCUAUCUAUCUAUCUAUCUAUCUAUCUAUCUCAUUAUGUUCAUAUCUAUCUAUCUAUCUAUCUAUCUAUCUCAUUAUAUUCAUAUCUAUCUAUCUAUCUAUCUAUCUAUCUAUCUUCAUAUAUAUCUCGUCAUGUUCAAAAUCGUCCUGAAGCGGCUCAAACGUAUUGCUGCAAGGAACGUCUUUACAACCGUUCCAUUGGAACUGGACGGUGGUGAACAGACGAACCCUCAUCUAUCAAUCUAUCUCCGUUUAUUCCUAUCUAUCUAUCUAUCUAUCUAUCUAUCUAUCUAUCUAUCUAUCUAUCUAUCUAUCUUUUGGUUACCUCUUCAUUUGUUUCUUUUCUUUUUUUUUUUGCUUUAUUUCUUUUUCUUUUUUUUUCUUUCUUUCUUUUUUUCUUUUCUUUUUUCUUUUCUAAUUUUUCUUUUUUUUUUUUCUUUCUUUGUUUCUUUUGUUUCUUUCUUUCUUUUUUCUUUCUUUUCUGCUACAAUUUUUUUUUUUUUUUUUCUUUCUUUUCUUUUCUUCUUUCUUUUCUGCUUUGUGAUUCUUUUUUUUUUUCUUUUCUUUUCUUUUUUCAUUUUUUCUUUUCUUUUCUUUCUUUCUUUUCUUUUUUCUUUCUUUGUUUUUUCUUUUUUCUUUCAUUCUUUCUUUUUUCUUUUCUGCAUUUUUCUUUUUUUUCUUUCUUUCUUUUGCAUUUCUUUUCUUUUCAUUCUUUCUUUCUUUCAUUCUUUACUAUGUUUUCUUUCUUUUUUUUUCUUUCUUUCUUUCUUUCUUUUUUUCUUUUCUUUCUUUCUUUUCUUUUCCCUUUCUUUCUUCUUCCUUUCUUUUUUCGACUGUCUUUCUUUUCUUUUUCCUUUUCUUUCUUUUCUUUACUGCUGCACUUUCCAAGACAGUCUUUUCAUUUUUCUUUCUUUCUUUCUUUCUUUCUUUCUUUCUUUCUUUCUUUCAUUUUUUUCUUUCUUUCUUUUCUGCUGCAAUUCUUUCUUUUUUCUUUCUUUCUUUCUUUACUACUGCACUUAUUUCUUUUUCCUCCUUUCUUUCUUUCAUUCUUUCUUUCUUUCUUUACUAGUGUACUUAUUUCUUUUUCUUUCUUUCUUUCUUUUCCAUUUCUUUCUUCUCUUUCCUGCAGUCUUUCAUUCUUUCUUUCUUUCUUUCUUUUCUACUGUACUUCUUUCUUUCUUUCUUUCUACUGCACAUAUUUAUUUUUCUUUCUUUCUUUUUUUCUUUCAUUCUUACUUUCUUUUCUGCUGUAAUUCUUUCUUUUUUCUUUCUUUCUUUCAUUCUUUCUUUCUUUUUUUCUUUCUUUUUUACUGUACUUCUUUCUUUUUUUCUUUCUUUACUACUACACUUAUUUCUUUUUCUUUCUUUCUUUUUUCUUUCAUUCUUUCUUUCUUUACUACUGCAAUUAUUUCUUUUUCUUUCUUUCUUUCAUUCUUUACUAGUGUACAUAUUUCUUUCUGUCUUUCUUUCUUUCUUUCUUUCUUUUCCUUUCCCUUUUUUUUCUCUUUCCUACUUUCCUACAUUCUUUCUAUCUUUCUGCCUUCUCUUUCCUUCUUUUCUACUUUACUUGUUUUUUCUUUCUUUCUCUCUUUCUUCCUUUCUCUCUUUCUUUCUUUCUUUUCUCUUUCAUUUCUUCUUUUUCCUUGCACUUACAUCCACACUUUUCCUCACAUCCUCCCUCGCAAUCGUUCGCUUAAAGAACCAAGCAAUCGAUGGAUCAGAAAACUUAAUUCCCCAAGUCCUCUCCUUUUCCUUAAAAUUAAACCCUACUCCCUCGCUCGCGUGCGUGUACACUUGCACCUCCCUCUCUCCCUCUUUUCUUUUGUAUACACAUACGCACAUUCACUAUGA